GAAGACCGGAUUCCACUCUCAAGAAGACUUGAAGACCAAGUUGACGAUGAUCUUGGAGGAAAAGAAGAGAGAGAGAGAGAGAGAGAGAGCUACUACUCGCAUGAUUGUUGCUAUAUAUGCACAACCAGAGUGCUUCUCGAUAUAAGCUGCUGAUGAAACAUGCAGUCAGAGCUGGUAUAUCAUAGCCUAGUUUUUUGUAUUUCCGCAUCCUUGCAUAUAAUCUAUUUUAACGCACACACAGACAGCGCAGACAACAGGGUGGUACGACCAUUUUACAUGUUGGCUAAUACGUUAUACAGUGCUUCCAAUAAGUGAUGUCGCAGCAGAAAUGGGAAGUCUUAUUUUUAGUAUUUGAAGAUGGGCAUGAAAAUGGCGUUGAUGAGAAUGAAUUUAUUGUCGAGACGAUUGCAACUCAUACUGGAUACUUGAGAGAUGCAACCCAACAGUGAAUCGUCUUUGAGUUGUCCAAUGUUGAUAGAAAGGCCAAAAGAGGAAGAUGUCCGUAUAAAGGAAGCAAAUACUAAAAGAGAUUAUGUGCGCUACACUGUCGAGUGCAGCAGCAGCAGUAGCA